AUGACUGACACGGCAGCAACCGUGUACAAGAUUAUAAAGGAGUUGAUGCCCAAUGAAUUCAUCCACUUAAUCGCGUCGGAGUCGAAUGAAGUGUGCGGUCAAUCCGGGAAGAAAACGAUAGGACCUGAUCAUGUUAUAGAGGGGCUGAAGAAUUUAGGCUUCCAGCACUAUUUAGCCAACGUAAACAGCGUAUUGGAAGAUCACAAAGAAGAGAAAACGAUACGAAGUAAAAAGAAGGCGAAAGGAAAACAUAGUGGUGUUUCAGCAGAAGAGCUUUUGGCACAACAAAGAGCCUUAUUUGCAAAGGCUCGUGCACGGUCAGACAGUCAAGUCGGUCCGGCGCUAAACGACUCAGCACCGGCAUCUUUAAAUAGCCUCGCUGCGACACCGGCAGGAACGGUGUCUGCGGUAUCAGGCGCAGAAGCAACCGUCCCCGAAGCUCAAACACACAUGCCUGCCCCCAGCUUAUUGAAGAAGGAGUAUGACGAAGACGAAGAUUAUGAUUAG